AUGGCGAAGCCCCCGGCGGGGGCGGCGUCGGCGUCGGAGGAGCUGAGCCAGGUACCGGACGAGGAGCUGCUGCGCUGGAGCAAGGAGGAGCUGGCGCGGCGGCUGCGGCGCGCGGAGGGCGAGAAGGUGGGCCUCAUGUUGGAGCACGGCGGCCUGAUGCGCGACGUGAACCGGAGGCUGCAGCAGCACCUGCUGGAGAUCCGCGGCCUCAAGGACGUGAACCAGAGGCUGCAGGACGACAACCAGGAGCUCCGAGAGCUCUGCUGUUUCCUCGACGACGACCGGCAGAAGGGGCGCAAGCUGGCGCGUGAGUGGCAGCGCUUUGGGCGCCACGCGGCCGGCGCCGUGUGGCACGAGGUGGCCCGCUCGCAGCAGAAGCUGCGGGAACUCGAGGCCCGCCAGGAGGCCCUGCUGCGCGAGAACCUGGAGCUGAAGGAGCUGGUACUGCUGCUGGACGAGGAGCGCACUGCCCUGGCUGCGGCGGGGGGCGCGGGCGGCAGCGGCGCCGGAGGUGCGGGCUCCCGCAGCUCCAUCGACAGCCAGGCCAGCCUGAGCGGGCCACUGGCGGGCGGCGCGGCGGGCGCCGGGGCCCGCGACGUGGGCGACGGCAGCAGCACGUCGAGCGCUGGCAGCGGCGGCAGCCCCGACCACCACCACCACGUCCCACCCGCUCUCCUGUCUUCUGGGCCUCACAAGGCUCCCGACGGCAAGGCUGGAGCCACACGCCGGUCCCUGGACGACCUGUCGGCUCCGCCACACCACCGCAGCAUCCCCAACGGCUUGCACGAUGCCUCGUCCACCUACAUCCGGCAGCUGGAGACCAAGGUGAAGCUGUUGGAGGGUGACAAGCUCCUGCCACAGCAGACGGGCCCUGGAGAGCUGCGCAUGCUGCGGAAGGGCUUUUCUCCCUACCACUCCGAGUCCCAGCUCGCGUCCCUGCCACCCUCCUACCAGGACUCCUUGCAGAAUGGCCCUGCCUGCCCUGUGCCCGAGCUGCCCUCGCCCCCCUCCGCUGGCUACAGCUCUGCGGGACAGAAGCCCGAGGCAGUGGUGCACGCCAUGAAGGUCCUGGAGGUGCAUGAGAACCUGGACCGGCAGCUCCAGCACAGCUGCGAGGAGGACCUGAGCGAGGAGGAGAAAGCCAUCGUCCGGGAGAUGUGCAACGUGGUCUGGAGGAAGCUGGGAGACGCUGCCAGCUCCAAGCCCUCUAUCCGGCAGCACCUGUCUGGAAACCAGUUCAAGGGUCCUUUGUAGGGCCAUUCUUCAC